CAGAAUACCCUGUGUGUUUCUGUCAGACUCUUCAAAUUUGUCGCAUUACACGAUCGAAUAGUUUUUCCUAUACAAUAAGAAUAUAUAAAACCAAUAUGAAGCCUAUGCUCUUGAUUCUAAGUCAAAUUUUCCGUACAAGUUUUGCUGUGACGUCGGUCGCCAUUUUCCGUAAUGGCUGCCAGAAACACGACAUCUAUCCCGAGUUCCCGAGUUACGUUAACUUAGUGCCAACAUCAUCCGUGACUAACCCGCCGACAGUAACAACGGAACGCGUGCAGUUUCACAAUUUUUUUUGUUGUUUGUAUACUUGUUAAUAGAAAAAUGCUGGUAAAAUUGAUUAAAAUGGACAUUAUUUCCGCCGUGAUACACUACAACAAACGUAACUUAUAAAACUAAACAUAUAACUGUGUAUUUUAAGAUUGGAGAAAUAAUGAAUUUGACACCGCCGCAGCCUUUCUCUACGAAUUGUCGUAAACCUUGUGGGAUCGAUUUUUAGGUGUUUAUUAAUGAAAUUAGUAAAGUGUAUGUGAGUGAUAUAAUUGUACCGGAUAUUUCCUUUCUUCAUGUUCUGCGUAGUGGCUGCAAAUACAAUCGAUAGAGAUAAUAAAAAAUGCAUAUUCUCCAUGCUUUUGUAAAUGUUCCGUUCGAUAAUGCUGGUAUUAUGUUCUAAUCUUAAUUGGAGUUAUAUCAUUUGUAUGUUUUGCCAAACACUGAAGUGAUAAAUCUCCGUAUAACAGUGAUGUGAUGAGUGAAUAUUUUAUGAACAAGUUUGGAUUACACUGAAGUACUGUAUCGUAUAAGGCACUGGAGCCACACCGCGAAUGAGUUGCCGGCGCACCGCACCAACACGACUGCCGAGGACUAUUAGUGGACGCGAAGUGACCUCUAGAAAUCCAAUAGUAUGUGAUAGAGUGGGGGUGGGUGCGUAGUGAGCACGGGGCGGGCGGCACCAUGUCUGCGGCGCUGCUGCUGCUGCUGCUGCUGUUGGCGCUGGCCGUGUGCUCCUCCUACGGCGGCGGGUGCACGUUCCCGGCGGGCUGGGCGGGCAGCUGGUUCCAGUCGGGCAGCCCGGCCCUCAUCGCCAUCAACACCACGCACAUACACUCCAAAGGCGAGUGCUACGAGUCCGAGUCUUACGACAAGUUCCUGCUCUACGACAGGCGCGAUGACUGCUACAGGUGCAUGGUGAUAUUGGAAAAACACAAAUAUGUCCUACAAUACAAAGAAACGUUCUGCUCGGAGAAGGACUCGAUGUCGUCGAUCUGCGAGUCGAUCAGCGGAGACGCGCCGCUGUACUCGAUGUUCCGCAAGGAGCCCCGGCCCGAGCCGCAGCCCUGUCCCUUCCACCCGGCGCCCUUCACCUUCACCUACAGCCGCGGCUCCGGCGACUGCGCCAACCCGCCCUCGCGCGCCGAGGCCUGCACCGACGACUCCCGUCUGCUGCUGCGCUACAUGGCCUGCCCCGACGUGCCCGGCACCGAGAGCAACGUGGAGGAGCUGGUGUGCCUGGCGACGUGGAAGGAGGGCUCGACGCGCUACCUGGUGGGGCAGAUCUCGCAGGUGCAGAGGAGGAACUCCAUCGCCUCCGACGAGGACACUUUCAGGUGUUUCGUGUACAAGGGGCAGCACGGCGAGCGCACAAUGACCUACAACAUCGCGCAGUCCGGCGACGCCACCUGCAACGGCCUCUCCUCCCCCACUGACGGCAGCCGCAUCAUGAAGCUCACCAACAGCGACGACGAGCACAACCGCUGCCACUUCCCCAGCUGGAUCGUGGAGCACCACAAGUGGUUCAGUCUCGACCACGCGCACCAGUACCACUUCACCACCAAGAACGCCACGCUCAAGAUAAUGUCGGAGCGCGGCGCGGCGGAGGAGCGGCGGCUGGUGUGUCACUCCAUCCUGGAGCGGCGCGACAUGCGCUACAUAAAGCUGGUGGCACACGUGACGCGCGGCUGCGAGUCCGGCCACGUCUGUCUGCAGUUCCACCGGCGCGACGGCGGCGUCCUCGAGCUGCAGCAGGGCGCCGCGCUCUGGGACUCCCCCCAGGACGCCUGCGCCCGCGCCGCAGACCCCGCGCUGCCCUACCUCACCCUCGUCACCACGGCGCCGGCGCCGGCGCGCUGCCCCCUCCUCGGCCGCUACACCGUGCUCGCCGCGCAGCCCGACUCCCGCCCCGGCGCCCCCCACGGCGCCCCCCACGGCGCCCCCCACGGCGCCCCCCACGGCGCCCGCCGGCGCCGGCAGCACGCCCAUCCAGAGGAGGCGGGCGAGGGCGCGGCGGACGCGGAGGACGACCCGGCGGAGAGCGAGGAGUGCGUGUCCUCGCGCUACCACAGCCUCAGUGCGGGGUGCGGCGCCGCCGGAGACGUCAUAGAGUUCCGCUCUCACUGCGCCAGCGCAGCGUACACUUGUCACGCGGCCUGGCAGGACUCCGGCCGCGGCUACGUCAUCGCAUCGCCCCUCGCGCGCGCCUCCUCGCACCCGCGCACGCUCUGCUUCGUGUACACGCUGCCUCAGCGCAACGAGUCCCGCGGCGGCGCGCUGGCGCUGAGCGCGGUGUCCCGCACCUGCGACCGUCGCGUGCAGCCAGGCCGCACUGGAGACAGGGCCUACAACCUCACCGCCAACGGCACGUGCGAGCAGAGCAGCAAGUACAACAGCGCGGCGCAGCGCCCGCCGCCCUCCGCCCUCCUCGCCCUGCUCGCCCUGCUCGCCCUGCUGCUGCUGGCCGCCGCCCCACUGCUGCCCCCGACACAACCGCGCCGGUGAUACCACCGCCAUGACACACCACGCAGCCACGCAGCCACGGGACACGCCUUUUAUCAUUUAUACCAUUAGAGUAAUAUUAUCAAAUUAGACAUUCUGCUCGUGUUAUUUUUCAAUAUCUAAAUUUGACAAGAGCUAAAAAUGUGAAGCUUUUUGAGGUUUUCAGCACAUUUAACUUUAGUUUUUGUUAUAUGAAUGUCCUUUCGUUCCGGCACCACCGGGGCAGGCUGUUCACCUUCACUGGCGCCAGUGGCACUGGCCUCAGUGGCACUGGCCUCACACUGGGGGGGGGGGAACUCCUACCUUUUAGCUGUAAUUUUAAUUUUACACGUUUUUCCUUUAGUUAUUCCUGUGACUUGUCGAUUUGUUGCAAGACAUUUUAUAAGUAAACUUUUAAUAUGUAAAGUUGGCAGCUUUUAUAAGGUUUCGUGGAAUUUUAUAUUACGUAUUGUUUUAAUAUUUAUUGCUUAAUGUGAGUUUUAGUAAUGUACUUAUGCGUUGCGGACGCGCCUCUGCCGCGUCUCUGCCGCGUCUCUGCCGCGUCUUUGCCGCGUCUUUGUCGCGUCUUUGCCACGUUUUUAUAUUAGUCAGGAACUAAACAAUGUUUAAAUGAAACGAAGCAAAGUGAUCAUAUUGUAAAUAUAAAGAGACAGUUUAAAAUGCAUUUUUUUUAGAAUGUUAUCAUGUUAUUUGUAAUUAUUGUAUCCAAGAUGUAUUUGCAAUGUCCGGCCUCGCCGCGCACUGCUCGCCUCACAAACGUACUCUAAACCUAUAUAGAUAGAACUAAAUGUAGGAAAAACUAUCGAGCUCAUCAGCAUUUUUGUUUUACAAUACGUCCAUUUUUUCUUUAAAAAUAUGUAAAAGCAGCAGCAGCAGCAGCAGAGUGCGGCCGAGGCGAGGUCUGGUCUGGGCGCUGCUAACUCCGGACGCUGACCUUCAUAUUAUAUUGACCAAGAGUAAUUUUAAAGUGUAAUUGCUCAUGCAGAGGGAAAUAGGUUGGAAUCUGACUUGUGAUAGUGAGUGUAGUCUGUAAGGAGGCCGCGCACGCAAGUUCCUCGCACGCGGCGCAGUGCGCUGCGCACUUUGCACACUGCGCACUUUGCACACUGCGCACUGCGCGCCCUGUCUUGACUCGGCCGGUUUCUUUGCAGACAUAGUUUGUAAGUGUUUAUAAAUUGAUAUGUCGACGCUUGCCUACGAUCAACCUGUUAUGUAAAACAAAGUUUAAAAACGUAGCCCAAAAAGACUAUUGUAAAUAUAUUUAGCUAAUAAUUUAUAU